ACAUAACUGCCACAGACCUAGCCAAGCUCAGUCACUAAGUGCCAUUAGUAAAGGAAGGGCUUUGCAGAGUUCUGAGAAGAUGAGAAGGAAGCACCCGAGAAUUUUGGGAAGUCUACGCAAUCCUCUCCCCCAUGAGGCUUACCACCAGCCCUCUAGUUAUCCAACCAGCAUUCACCUCAUCCCUUCUCAGCCACCCACUCCUCGGCCUGUUUUUCAGUCCAAUCCUCUGUCUGUUUUCUACCCUACCUCUUUCCCUGCCCUGAAGAACACUUCCUACUUCCCCACCUUAAUCAUGGCUAUGCCCAGCUCCUCCUGUGUAGACAAACUUUUCUCUAAGCGCUCUGCUCUCUUUGAACCCUCUUCCUGUUUGUCUACCCUCAUGACCACCUCUCCGAAAAGAACAUCACCGGAUAGUUGCCUAGUCUCUCUUUCCUAUCAAGAAGCUGGCUCCCCACAGCCAGACUGGGAAUUGAAGAAUUCUUCAGCUACAGAGCCUGGAAUGGGAGGAAACAGAUGGGACCCCGCAGCCUUGGUGCCAGGGGAGCAGCACCCAGAAACACAGACUGGAGGCCAUGAAGUGGAAGAGACUCAAGCCCUGGCUAAGCCUGACGCCUUCACUCCGGAACCCUGCAGUGAGGGGAACCCGGAAGUUCCCAAGUAACUCCAGGACCCCAACAUGAUGUUACUGUCUACAAAGCUAAAGUCUAACACCCGGGACAAGAUGAUCAUCAGAAGCCGCAUGCUUCCGUGUGGCCAUCCAUGUAUAAAAUAAAAUAAACGUUUCACUUGCAAAUAAA